AUGGCGUACCUGCUGCUUGCUUUGUGUGCGGGCUUUCUCGGUAGAGCCUGUGCGGAGGUUGUGGCAGAGACGUGUAGUACCAGCUGGAUUCAAGAAGGUUAUGUUCUCAGCUCCAGAAUCGCCAGGAAUGUAGAAGUCGCAGAGGCCUCCAGGGUCCAGGAGCAAGGGCCACUGACAGAGGAACUGAAUGCCAAAGGCUUCUCCGACUUCACCGUCCCUAUCAGCCCCAGGGUGAUCAUGAUGAUGGUUGUCUUCAUCGCGCUGCUGAUAGCGCAUGAGGCGUUUGUAGCUGUAGGUAUGAAGCCACUGAUGGCGAAUCACCAAAAGCCGAACAGCCUACCAAUGCAGUGUGCCUUCGCCCUAAAUUGGCUUAUCAUGAUGGUUUCCCUUUCCAUGCUUGUUCCGGUUUCCCUGGAUUAUGCGUUGGCCAUGGGGCAGUCUGCGACUGCGAGCGGGGUUUUCCUCAGUGGACCCACCGUGUUCGCACUGCUCGGAACCGUUCUUGGUAGGCCACUCACCAGUGAGGUGAAUUGGGAUCAGGUCUACGCCCGAAACCUUUGGAUCCGCUGCAACAGCCUAGUCUUCCUGGGCUACUUGAUUCUGGCUUUCCUUAUGCAAGCAGCUUCCCAUUGGAGUGACUCUGCUAGAAAGACGGCCUUUUGGGCCUUCCUUUUCGUAAAUGCUAUCCUUCAAUUCUUCAACUCUCUCCCGCUAGUGGGCUGGAGCACCAUGUGGAACAUCGUCACGCCGAACAGCCAGAAGACGCUUUGGAGCAUGAUAACCAUUAGUUGUCGCAACGCUGGCUUCAUUGUUGGCCCUGUCUGCUACGCAGCUCUCAGCUUCACUGUGCGCAAGGGGCGUGAUGUGUCUCCAGUCAGCAUGAUGGGCUGGUCCUUCAUUGGGCUGGCGAUGUUUCAAGCCACGGCGCUGGUAAUGGGGGUUCUCUGUUUGCCCACAGUGAUCGCUCCAUUUGCCAAAGAGGAUGAAGUCGAGGAGGUACCCGAGAAUGAGGAAGAAGUGGAGCUGAACCCCGAGGAGCUUCCACCAGACUCUCGACGCCAAAUUGUGUGGAACAUCAUUGCCUACUGCUAUGAGCGACCCUUCACAGUCUCUGCCAUAGAGGUUUCCACAAUGAUGCUCUUAGAAGUGGAGUACGGAUGGCCCUCAGAAUUAUGUGGAGCUUCCUUCAUGGUCGUGGGUGGGGCCAGUAUAUUGAUGGGUGUUGUGAGCAGCGUGGUGAUGGCCAGGAAGUGGAUAAAGGAUUCCAUUCUCUUCCUCGGCUCCACGUUCAUCUCUCUGGCGGGCGUCUUGUUAUUGUUCGAUUGGCCGUUCUUUGGGGCCUUCGGGGCCGGAAGCCUGUUGGUCGCUGACUCCUUGGUCUACUCCUUCUCGAGCGUCUCGAAUGGCAUUGCCCAGGGCUGGGCCACGAGGGCGGCCAUGAAGGGCACGAAUUUUGACAUCCAGACCUACCGUGUGCAGAAUGUCGCAGGCGUUCAGAUCAGCAGAUUCGUCGCCCCCAUCUUCACCCGCUUCAUCCUCGACUUCGGCGGCCGGAACUUCUAUGCACUGGUACAGCUGAUCAUGUGCACCAUGGGGACCUCCACGGUCUGUCGCACAGUCUGGCUGGUAUGGCGGGGGAGAAGCCAGGAAAGGAAUGCUGAGGAUGAGAUUCUGAAGCCAGAGUGA